GGCUCCUCCCGCCCGCACCCCGGUGACAGGCGAGCCGGGCCGGUAGUAGGGAGGAAGUGCGGGCCCGCUGCACCGAGCCCGUCCCUGCCGAGGUCGGCUCCCUGGGCUCUCGGGUGACAGUGCCGCGGCCGCCGGGCGCAGCGCCGGGCACGCGUCGCGCACAGCCGAGCGCCAGGAGGACGCCCCAGCAGAGACGCGGGGAAAAUGGCUGAUGACUUUGGCUUCUUCUCGUCGUCGGAGAGCGGGGCCCCCGAGGCGGCCGAGGAGGACCCGGCGGCUGCUUUCCUGGCCCAGCAGGAGAGUGAGAUCGCGGGCAUAGAGAAUGACGAGGGCUUCGGGGCACCUGCCCUCGGGCAGCCAGGACCGGCGAGCGGGGCUGCUUCUGAGGACAUGGGGACUACAAUCAAUGGAGAUGUGUUUCAGGAGGCGAACGGCCCGGCUGACGGCUACGCUGCCAUCGCCCAGGCGGACAGGCUGACGCAGGAGCCCGAGAGCAUCCGCAAGUGGCGAGAGGAGCAGAGGAAACGGUUGCAAGAGCUGGAUGCUGCCUCCAAGGUGACAGAACAAGAGUGGCGGGAGAAGGCCAAGAAGGACCUGGAGGAGUGGAACCAGCGCCAGAGCGAACAAGUCGAAAAGAACAAGAUCAACAACCGGAUCGCUGACAAAGCAUUCUACCAGCAGCCAGAUGCUGACGUCAUCGGCUACGUGGCAUCUGAGGAGGCUUUUGUGAAGGAAUCCAAGGAGGACAGCCCAGGCACAGAGUGGGAGAAAGUGGCCCAGCUGUGUGACUUCAACCCCAAGAGCAGCAAGCAGUGCAAAGACGUGUCCCGCCUGCGCUCCGUGCUCAUGUCCCUGAAGCAGACGCCGCUGUCCCGCUAGGGGCCUGCCACCAGCACGGCCACAGAGCUUGGGCAGGCCCGGGGCAGAGGAGGAGCAGCUGCUUCUGGCAGAGGGGAGAGAAGCCUGCAGCAGCUGCUGCACAGCCCACUCCCUCUCUCCCAUGGCCCCGGGCUGGGCAGGGAACACACUCGCCCUCUCACCCUCAUUCCCUCCUGGCCCUGUGGCCCAGCCCCUCACACCACCUCUCAGUCCACAGAGUUGUGACUGUCCCUUCCGAUGUAUUAUUUUCUUGGCUUAAAGGGUGUGUUGUUGACUCUUUUUACACUUA